AUGACGGCACCACGACGUAGCACACCCAAUGCGAAGCCUCAACAGAACAUGUUUCCACAGUACAACUACCGCGAAUUUGCGAAACGUCGAGUCCGUGAGUACUUCUUAGCGAAUCGCAGUGUAGUAGACACCAACCGUCAGGAGGAGCUUCUAAAGGAGGGCAAGGAGGCUCUAGAAGGAAUUCGUCGACAAGUCGUUUUGUGUGGGCUUUUUCCUCACAAGAAAACAGUGGUUGAGAAGUAA